AUGGGCACCCUCGUCGGGCACGUCGCGCCGGGCGCGGGCUUCCUCCUCAUCGGCCUGUGGCAGCUGUUCAGCCACAUCCGCCUGUUCUUGCUGCGGCCGAGCUCGUACUCUGCUCCGGUCUGGUUCCCGGCGCCGGGCGUGCGCCACCUUGAGCUCAUACUCAUAAUCAUCGGCUCGGUGAUGUCCAUCCUGAUGGAGCUCGUCAUCGGCCCCGCGAAGCACCAGCCAUUCGACGACGACGGCACCAUCCCAUCCGACCACCUCCACAACUUCGAGCACGCGUCCAUCUCGCUGGCGCUGCUCAUCUUCGCCGCGGUCACCAUCCACAUGGACCGGGUCCGGGCGCCCCUGCGUGACGCGGUGUCCCAGCUCGUCGCCGCCGCGGCGUUCGCGCAGCAGCUGCUCAUCUUCCACCUCCACUCGGCGGACCACAUGGGCGUGGAGGGGCAGUUCCACUGGCUGCUGCAGACGGUCAUCGCCGUCACGCUCGCCACCACGCUGCUCGGGAUCCCCUACCCGCGGAGCCUCGUGGUGAGCCUGGUCCGGUCGGCCAGCCUCGUGUUCCAGGGCAUCUGGUUCGUCGUCAUGGGCGUCAUGCUGUGGACGCCGGCGCUCAUACCCAAGGGCUGCUUCCUCAACUUCGAGGAAGGACACGACGUUGUCCGGUGCCGCACUGACGAGGCGCUCGACCGCGCCAAGUCGCUCGUCAACCUGCAGUUCAGCUGGUACCUCACCGGGACGGUGGUGUUCGUCGUCCUGUUCUACCUCCAGAUGGCGAAGCUCUACCCCGAGGGGCCGCAGUAUUUGCCGCUGGUGAAGGGAGGCAGCGGCGGCGGCGGUGACAGUGAUAGCCGGUUCAGCAUCGGAGAUGAUGAUCGCGACGAUGAGGACGAUGUCGAGGCCGCAAAACGUGGCUUUGGACACGUGGUUAGCGGCACAAAGCCUGUCGAAAUCGAGAGGUGA